CCUACCCACCGUCCUUAAUAAGCUUAAUGAUGUGUGUCGGCCCCACCGAGCCUUCGGGAGGCAGGUCUCCUGCAUGGGAUGGGGGGGCACCCCAUCCCUGCAGCGUCCCUGGAGCCCACGUUACCUCCAGCCUGUGCAAUGGGGCACUCAGUCCCACCCCAAGUAAUGUGCGAGGCUUAAUAAGCCUCCUCGCACCUUCCCUUUCCUCCACCUCCUACCGUGGCGCAUGGGCCCGCUCCCGCACUACCCCACUGUCUCCUUUCACUUUCAAUCUCUCUCUCUGCUGGCCCCAUUUUGUCUCCGGCACCGGCCCCUGCACCUCUCCGGCACCACCCGCUCCUCCGUGGUGGCCCCAAUGGCAGAAAGCUUUGAGCACCUGAUGCGGGAUGUGACCGCAGGGCGUUGCGUGGGCAUCGCGAUCACCAACAACCUGGAGCAUGUCACCCUCCGAAACCCCAGGAGCUACUGCUUCAGCGGCCACAGCCACCCCCCCCCGCCGGUGCAGAUCCCCACCGGCACUGUGGGGAAGUGUGUCUUUGUAAAGCGGUCGUACAGUCUGCGUGGCAGUGUGGGGGUCCUGGUCUACGAAGCGGACACCUUUUGCUUGGCCAUCAUGUUCUCCAACCCCUUUGACUACAACCUCUACUACAUUGAGUUUGGCCUGAAGCUGAUACCGAAGGAUAGACAGUUCCAGAGCGUGGAGGAUCUCUUCAGGGAUAUGAUGGAGAGCUCCCCGCUGCAGGAGGUGACCACCUUCCAGAAGAUGAAGCUUUCAUAUUCCCAGGGCCCACUGCAGGUGACCAUGGAUAAUGUCCGUGUCACUGCCACCAUGUCCAACGCGAGCAAAGCUGUCCUCACCGUCCUCCUGGAGGAGAAUUCACCCAAGGGGCUCUGAGGCUGGGGAAGGCGUCUGCUCUUCUCCCCUCCAGCCCCACUGAAGGGAGGCUGGGCCGUCCAGCAUGAGGGGAUGCUGGGGCUCCCCUUGCUCAGCCCCAGACCCCAAGUAAGGGCCCAUCCCUACAGCUCCCGAAUUCCUGGCUCCACCAAUCCCAUAGUCCCUUCCCCUGCAGCCUCCAUCCCUCAUAGCCACUGACCCAUAUAGCCCACCAUCCCUCCCAGACCCCUGCUCCCCACAGACUCCAUCCCUCAUAGCCACCUGUCCCCCUGCAGUUCCACAGCCCUUGUCCCAGACACCCCCCUGCAGUCCCACAGCCCUCGUCCUAGAAAGCCCCUUGCCCCCCUGAAUUUCCACAGCCCCAGUCCCGGACAGCCCUCUGCAUGCCCAGCACUCCAAGCACAAGGACCCUGUGCUAUGGCAGGGCUGUAGCAGAGUUGGGUGCCCUUGUCACCGCCAAUUGCUCAAUCUGGGCACAAGGAGACCCCCUAAGUUGGAGUAGGGGCUAGGGCCAGCUGCCAGCACCUCCUACGCUGUGCUGGAAGGACCACAACCUCAAUAGUGGGGGUGGGUCUUCCUCCCCCAGGUGUGUGAUCUGGGAUGCAGGCACCCUUGGAGGCCAUCCCCAGGCAGUGUGUUGCCCACUGUGCCCUUUGAGUCUUGUCCUUACACCUUGUAUCUCCAACCACCUGCUUGCAUGUGUGCGGGCAAUUCCUGGGCUGCAGAGACUGAGAUGAAAUGUGCAGUGUCUUUUCAUCGUGUUGGGCAUUUCCGAUCCCUUUUUCCCAUCUUGCCAGCUUUUCAGCAUAAAGAUUA